AUGAACAACGAAAUGCCAAUUGAUCCUUUUGCCGAGUUCUAUUUUAAACAAGAACCCGAAGAGAUUUGUGGUCUUCCAGUUUCUUCGAUCACCGAAGAAUACAUCGAGGAUAAUCCCUCGAUUGUCGAUCGAUUCUACACUCGCUACUAUUACAUUAAGCCGGGAGCAAAGGCGGAGCCAUACCGAGUGCUCUUUCACUCCAAUCGAGUUUGUCUGAUUUCUCUGGCGCCAGAGCAUCCUGUCUUCAAGGAUGGCAUCGAGAGUAUUUCCUUUAACAUCGGCAACAUGGACCGCAGCCACAAUCAAGUAAGUGGCAAAGGUAAAAAAGGUGGAAUGGCCUUGCAGCAGGAUUCGACUUUAGCUCUUAUCACUGGAAACAAUGGACAAACCUACAAAGUUCCAAGUUGCAUCAGAGGAAAAUUAAUUGAAGUCAAUCCUAGAAUUGUUAAUAAGCCUGAAUUGAUGGCGGAGAUCGGAGAUGGAUACUUGGCGAUUGUUUUGCCCAAACCAGAACAUUGCAAUGAAAUUCGGGCAAGUCUCCUCACCGAGGAACAGUAUAGAUCACAUUUGAAGGAACUCGCCAGCAGGGAUAUCAAAGCUGAGUUAUAACUAUUCGUUGUUGUACAAAUUAUGAAAUUAUACACAUAUUAUGUAGUUUAAGGUUGACGCAAUAAAACGGGCAUUUGUUUUCUAACA